UGAAGCACGGCCGUGCACAGAAGUGUGCUAUAGGAUAGCAACAUAAGAACAAGAAGAACUACCAAUUGAAAACACGACCUUGGAUUUGAGAAGGCGGAUGAAGCAAUUUUAAAAAGCUCAUGUAUACCGCUGAGCGACCUUUGUAGCUUGAGAUUUAAAACCUGUUUUCUGCCAGAAUGUAGAUCAGAUGAAGUGGUGAAGAAAUCAGGUGGUAAAUGAAAGCAAAUGUCUAAUAUACAUGGGAAAUUAACGUGAAGGACUUCAAUUUUAUUUUAUUGGACUGUGCGUAAUCAAAAUGUUGAAUUUGAGGACUUUGGCAAGAAAAGUAUUGCGACGAGAUGGAAGAUAUUUUCACCCAAAGAGUUUGAUCCAGUAUUCCACUGCUAACAGAACUACUGUUGGCGUGAGGCUCCCGGGAGACAAGCGUGCAGAACGCCUGCACGUCACUGCCCGGACCCAGUACCCCUUGGCCAAGCCUCUCCGCCUGCCCAGCAACCUGGAGGACGUGUUGUGGGCAGAGAAGCUCCAGUUCUCGCCGCAUCGGGAGCGGGACCUCACGGGCCCCAUGAUAGUGUGCAAGGAGCCGGGCGCGUGGGGGGCUGCCGAGGGACGGGGCGCCCCCCCGGCCGUCGACCCCCAUCUGCAGAGCUACGAUUGCGCCAGCACGGUGAGCCUGACCUGCGCCAUGCAGAGCAACGUGCCGCGGCCCUUCUCCGCGCUCGGCAAGGCCACGCACCUCAACAUGCCCGGGGGCCAGUGGGGGCGCGCGGACCGCUGGGUGUCCCAGGACAUGCAGGAGCUGCACUGCCGGGGGCUGGGCUCCGCGGCGGGUGGGGCGCCGCCCUCCCUCUCGCGCAAGGAGCGCCUCAAGGCGGCGGUGCGGGACUACGGGGCCACCGUGGUCGUGUUCCACGUCGGCAUCUCGCUGCUCUCGCUGGGAGCCUUCUACACGGCCGUGAGCAGCGGCCUGGACAUGGCCCACUGGCUCGGCCAGCUGGGGGUGGACGCGGGCCAGGUGGCGGCCGGCGCCAGCACCUUCGUGGUGGCGUACGCCGUCCACAAGGUGUUCGCCCCGGUCAGGAUCGGCAUCACGCUCGCCUGCACGCCCUUCAUCGUGCGGUACCUGCGCGGCGUCGGCUUGCUCAAGCCGCCCAAGGCGACGUGAUCGUCUCUGCUGGUCACGCCCGAAGCCCGAAGAGAAGGUCUUGGAUCUGGAGCGUUCGUUACCGCCGCGGUGCCGUGCAAACAAAUGUCAACAUAGUUCUUGCGGGAAUACCAAGUGUGAAAAUGAAAACUGUAACCUACUAGAAAACUGGAAAAACCGUGCUGAAAUGGAAACCCUCUGAAAUGAUACAACUGCACAAACAAAAAAAUGCCUGCAGUGCAAGGUCAACAACCAGAAUCCUUAACAAAACAUCUGAACAUGGGCGUUACCAUAGAAUGCCAGAUUGAAGACCUUUUACUGUACCAUUUGAAUGUUACAAGAUUGAUUGGUAAGUACACAUCAACAAAUAAGUGCUUCUUAUGUACAUUUCACGUAACAAAUAAUUUAUUAAUUUUUUUUUAUAUUCACUGCUUUUAUUUUAAGUCGUAGUUUGAACAGUAACUUACAGGCUUGCUAUCACUUUCUACCACUGUGUUUUACAUUCACUUAAACUGGAUUGCACAGAUGUACAAGUUUCUACAUUUUUCUUCUUGUAAACAACAUAUUUUUAUGAUGCAAUUUUAGUUGCCAAAUGGUGAACAUUAACAUUAAAGACCUCGUUGUUGAAAAGUAAAACAGCCUGUGUAUUUUGUGCUAGAUUGAUGAGAAUUACUGUGUGGAUGGAUCACUAGCCAUUUAAAAAUCAACACUUGUAACAGUUUUAUCUCAGUUUUGCUCCAGGCUACUUGCUGUGGGCAAGACAGCCAGCCAAGGACGUUAUUUUGCUCUCUACGUUGUUAGAAGCUUCCUUUGGUAAAUGUAAAAAUUUUGUAAAGGAUCUGUGGGCUAAAAAAUUAAAUAGAGUUGUGCGAAUCUUCGGAGAUUCCAAGUUGAAUUAAGGGCUGUCUUCAACUUUUGUCUCUGGGAAAGUUUUAUUCGUGGAGUUCUCUUAGUGCAGCAAAAUAUUCAUUUGGACUUGGAUGUGUCGCUUUGAUUUGAAAAAAUUAUCUUCAUACACCCCUAAAAUUAACACAUUUAUGCAAGGUAUUUGAUGAAGGAUGGAUAGUAUUAUCAUUAAAAACUUUUAACAAGGAAAACCAACUUAAUCAUGUGAAAAGUCUGAAUUAAUCUAUUUUGUAUUCAGAGUGAAAUAGAACAUAGAUUACACAUUUGAAUAUAUGUUGACUUCAAUAUCUAAUAAUGGUUGAAUUUGUGGUGGUUUUAUGUUAAUAAUUUCUUUGCUCAAUUAUAAAGUUUGUUUUGUUUUUCUGUAAUUUAUGUAUUGAAUGUUUUAUUAUGUUUCUAUUGAGUAACUAGCAGAUACAUGGUUAUGUAUAUUUUAUGUAAUGUUACAUUUCAAGUAAAUAUAUAUUUUUUCAACA